AUGAACUUCUUCAGGGAUAGAGACGCCAACAGCGACGCUUUCGACGACCCGAACAACGAUCCUACCGCUCCGUCUCCAACCACUUCGCCACGCAAAAAGCAAAAGUUCGAUUCACAGCCACCCACCUCAACAUUUGCCGACGAUGCUGCACUCGCUAGCUUGCGCAAGCGUAUGGCGGGUCCCUCCUCGGCCAAGGCAGGUUUAGCCAAAGACCAGGACGAGAUCAACAGAAUCAUCUAUGAGGUCUCCAAAGGUAGCAAGUUUUUCGAAAACGAGCGCCAAAAGGACGCUCAGACCACACAGCGCAUCCAUGCUUUGCUGGCACGUCGUGACCAAAAGCUGCUCCAGGUCCCACCAGGAAGUCCAGAGUGGCAGUCGAUCGAACGCAAGAUCGAAGACGUGGCAACACGACUUGAGAACCGCCGCGAUCUCUCCCGCACCAUCCUGCAUACCGACAUUGACAUGUUCUACGCCGCCGUAGAGCUCGCAAGGGAUCCAUCGCUUAAAGGCAAAUGUUUUGGGGUCGGCUCGGGCGUGCUCGUCACCGCCUCCUACGAGGCUCGAAGAGGCUAUGGUAUACGAAGUGGGAUGGCCGUCUUUGUCGCCAAGGCGCUCUGUCCCCAUCUCAUCGUCGUCAAGAACGACAUGCAGAGCUACGUCCAAGCCAGUCAAAAGGUCAUGGCUGUCUUUGAGCAGUACGACGAGAAUUUGGCCAAAGCUUCGCUCGAUGAGGCCUAUCUUGACAUCACCGAAUACGUCGAGCAUCACGGAGGAACGAUCGAUCAGGUAGUUCAACAGCUGCGCGACCAGGUCAGAACCGAGACUCAGCUCACGGUUAGCGUCGGUAUCGCUCCCAACACCAUGCUCGCCAAGAUCUCGUCGGAUAGGAACAAACCAGACGGUCAAUUCCGCGUGCAGCCGGACCGCAAAGCCAUUGUUGAUUUCAUGCGCGACCUGCCCUGCCGCAAGAUCCCUGGCAUCGGCCGGGUCAACGAGCGCAUCCUCGAGAGCCUCGGCGUAACCACCUGCGGAGAGAUCUGGAACAAGCGCGUAGAGCUCUGGCUCGCCUUUGACGGUAAAAUCGAGUGGCUUAUCAAGGCGUACCUUGGUAUCGGCAAUACUGUUGUCGAGCCGAGCAAACGCGAGGAGCGCAAGAGCGUAGGUCGCGAGCACACGUUCAGCCCUACCGCUAAUACCGAAGCUUUGUUGGACCUUCUCAAAGAGUCGGCUCAGCGUGUCGAGCAGGACUUGGAGCGACUCGAUUUCAAGGGCAAGACCAUCACCCUCGUCGCCAAGCGCGACAACUACCAGCGCUUUUCUCGCGCACGUACCUCGACAAGGUUGGUGCAUCGCGCCGAGGAGCUCUACGACAUUACCAGCUCGUUGCUGCUGCAGGAGAUCGAGCGUGAAGGGCAGCUCUCGCUUCGCUUGAUCGGUGUUCGCGUCACCCAGCUCGUGGAUCUUCGCGGUGCGGCUGCUGGCGAGGAGAGGCUGAAGAAACUCUUCCAAUCCAAGGCUUCGAGCAGUGAUGCGCAAGGCGACGCGCAGGGGAAGAGUGGGAAAACGCCGCGCAAGACCGCACAGGAGUGGCAGGAAGAAGAGGAGCGCCAACUCGCGCUUGCCAUCAGACAGUCGCUCGAAGGCACUGCAGAUCCCUAUAAUGAGGUGUACGACCUCAGUCAGGACAGCCCGACGAUCCGGUCUCGGGAACAGUCACCGACGAAAGGUCAGACUGCAAAAGAGGCGGACGAGGAGCCCCACGAAGGAACGGACAAGACCAAGAUGAAGGCAUCUCCUUCGGAAGCAGCCGUUUCGUGUCCUAUCUGCGCCAACACGGUGCACGGCUCAAAUGACCAGCUCAACGCACACAUCGACGCCUGUCUCAGUCGCUCGCAGCUCGGCGACACAAGUUCGCUGUCUGCACCCUCGCAGCAGCAGCGAGAAGCUUCCAGCGGGAAGAAGAAGCGCGGACCGCUCGACUCGUUUGUUCGGCGAUCGCGUUGA